UUCUUUAUUCCUAUUUUCAUUGUUUUCGGGAAUCCUCUCUCUCUCUCUCUCUCUCUGCAUCACUGUCUGGUCGGCAAGGAAGCUUCAUAUGCGUGUACUGUCUGCUUAUAUCUAUGACAGUUGAAGCACAGGGCAGGGCCCCCAUUUUAGUGUUAACUCCGCCAUUCCCUGUUCGAGGAGUGCGUGCAGAGUUGGUUUAAAGUUGUGGGUUUACUUUUUCUUUUCUCCUUAGGGGAAGAUUCAUGAAAUUCUUUCGUGGGUUGUGCCGUUUCUUUCCAUUCCUCUGAUUUUUGGCUUCUGUAAUUCUGAAUGCACAAGGAAAGGUCGUGAAAUUGUAGCAGAAUAUGUUAUCCUGAUUGUUCAUGUUCUGUUAUCGGUUAAGAGAGCAGUUGCCGAGAGAAAGAGCAAACAGUAGAAGAAGUUUUUUCCAGUGCAAAGGCUUUAAUUGCCUUCAAAAUACAAUUACGAAUUACAUGAAUAAGUCUACAAAGGGCAUGGAGAAGGGCUUGGAUUACCAUUUAUGGCAUGCCUGCGCUGGUGGGAUGGUGCAGAUGCCGCCGGUUAACUCAAAGGUCUUCUACUUCCCUCAGGGCCACGCCGAACACGCCCACGGUAAUGUAGAAUUCAGGAACUUCCCAAGAAUUCCUUCCCAGAUUCUCUGCAGAGUAUCUGCCAUAAAGUAUUUGGCAGAUCCUGAGACUGAUGAGGUUUUUUCAAGAUUAAGUUUAGUGCCUUUAAGAACUGCAGAGAUUGAUUUAGAAGAUGAUGGGGUUCUGGAGAGGAAUGGGUCUGAGGUUUCAGAGAAACCAGUGUCCUUUGCUAAGACAUUGACACAAUCUGAUGCCAAUAAUGGGGGAGGUUUCUCCGUUCCCCGUUACUGUGCGGAGACUAUUUUUCCGCGGCUGGACUAUAGGGCAGAACCUCCGGUGCAGACCAUCCUUGCAAAGGAUGUUCAUGGGGAGACUUGGAAGUUCCGCCACAUAUAUAGGGGAACCCCCCGUCGCCAUCUUUUGACAACCGGGUGGAGUAACUUUGUGAACCAGAAGAAACUUGUUGCUGGGGAUUCUAUUGUGUUCUUGAGGGCAGAACAUGGAGAUCUGUGCGUGGGAAUUCGGCGGGCGAAGAGGGGAAUUGGUGAUGGACUUGAGUACCCAUCUGGAUGGAGCCCUGCAUCUGCAAGCUGCAGCCCACUCUGUGGUGGGUUUUCUGUUUUCUUGAGGGAGGAUGAGAAUAGACUAAUGCAAGCAAAUGGCAACGGGUGUUCGCAGGGAAGGGGACGAGUGAGACCGGAAUCUGUCAUUGAGGCUGCAACUCUUGCUGCUGCUGGGCAGCCAUUUGAGGUUGUUUACUAUCCGCGCGCAAGCAGUCCAGAGUUUUGUGUCAAGGUGGCGUCCUUGAGAGCUGCAAUGCAAAUCCAGUGGUGUUCUGGAAUGAGGUUCAAGAUGGCCUUUGAAACCGAGGACUCGUCUCGGAUAAGCUGGUUCAUGGGAACUGUAUCUUCUGUUCAGGUUGCUGACCCGAUCCAUUGGCCUAAUUCUCCAUGGAGGCUUCUCCAGGUAACAUGGGAUGAGCCAGAUUUGCUCCAGAACGUUAAGCGAGUCAGCCCAUGGCUGGUCGAGUUGGCAUCAAAUAUGCCUGCCGCCAAUCUUUCCCCCUUCUCGCCACCACUAAGAAAGAAGCUACGGCUUCCGCAAAACUCAGAUUUCUCCCUGCUUGGCCAACUUCCGGUGCCAUCUUUUUCCAGCAAUCUACUCAGGUCCAAUGACCUCUUGUGCUAUUUAUCUGACCACAUUCCUGGAGGCAUACAGGGAGCCAGGCAUGCUCAAUUUGGACUACCUUCAUCAGAUCUCCAUUUCAACAAACAACAAUCAGGUCAAUUUCCAAUCAAUUUCCAUCGGCUUUGUCACACUGCUCCACCCUCCACAUUCCCAAGUGAUGGCUUUGUGGGCAAUCCCAAAAAUGAUGAAAAUAUAUCCUGCUUGUUGACAAUGGGCAAUUCCACCCCGAGCACAAGGGAAAACAACAAUGCAAAGAAGCCCCGGUUAGUACUAUUUGGUCAGCCUAUACUUACUGAGCAGCAGAUUUCUCAAAGCUGCUCUAAUGAGACGGGCAGAAAUAGUUCAUCAGAUGGGAAUACUGAGAAGACAACAAACAUCUCUGUUAGUCUUGGCUCUGCAUGUCAUGCUCUGGAAAGUUCUGCAGAUGAAGGGGGGACCUGGUACAAAAAUCUCCAAAAAACCAAGCUUGGGUUGGAAACUGGUCACUGCAAGGUAUUCAUGGAGUCGGAAGACGUGGGUCAGACUCUUGACCUCUCAGUCCUUGGGUCAUACGAAGAGCUGUACAGGAAGCUCGCCGACAUGUUUGGCUUGGGAAGAGCAGAAAUGCCAAGCAGCGUGCUGUACCGGGAUGAGGCAGAUGCCAUUAAGCACACUGGAGAUGAACCCUUCAGUGAGUUUUUAAAGACGGCGAAAAGGCUAACGAUUUUAGCAGAUUCGAUCAGUGAGAAUAUGGGAAGGUAACUUCUCAAAUACAUAUAUAUGAAGGUAGAGAAAGAAUGACUUCUGUUAAAUGUACAGUUGAAUUACUGAAUCCAUCAUUUUGACUGUCACAAGUCCCUUUUUCUGGUGGAGAGUUGUGGAAGAAGCCUACUUCAUCCAAUUUUGGGGGUAUAGUAGUUUCAAGUCUUGUAGCUCGUCGUGGAAUUGAUGUCGGAAGAAGUUUCCGUGUUGUUUGUUUGUUCAAAUCUUAUUGGUCUUCCCAGAGUCCUGCAAGCUGUACAAAUACAAAGUCUUGUUAUUGCAUGAGAACUGGUCUGAGAAUUUUUAUAUGACCCAGCUGAUCAGAUCAUCAGUUGUGUUUUUUUUCACCUUGAAGGUUGGAAUUUAGGGCAAUUGUCUUUCAUUCUUAUAUUGUAAUACCCUUUUUGGGGUCAUGGGAAGUGGGAAAUCUUAAUUCAGUGACUCUUUUAUUUUAA